AGUCAGAAGAAGAAUCAUUUGCAGGUCUGCUACUGCGGGGACGUAAAAUGAUAACAUAAUGUAUUUUCGUCAGAUUUUAAGGACGUGUUUCGUCGGGACUCGAAUUUGUCAUUUCAACGUUUUACGCCGCGUUUCCCCACCUGAGGUAGCUGCUCCAAAACUAAACUGUCUUGUUAUCGUUCACAUUUUGUUAAGUGUCGCUGUCGCAGAGAGUUUUGUCCACAGUGCUGUCAGCUCUGUGGGAAACACGCAGUGUCCCACAUCCGUGCGUGAGCAGAGGGCGCUGUGCACCAAAAGUGACGAGGUACGCCUGGCAGACGAGGCGAGCAAAAACUAUGGAUCUACUGCUGCAACAAUCUUCUCCAAAGUGAUCGACAAAACCGUUCCUGCUGAUAUUAUUUACGAAGAUGAGAAGUGUGUGGCUUUCAGGGAUGUCAGUCCGCAGGCACCUGUUCAUUUUCUUGUUGUUCCACGAGUUCCUAUCACUAAAAUUAGCGAAGCCAAAGAUGAGGAUGCUGAGCUUUUAGGUCAUCUGUUGGUUGUCGCUAAAAAUGUUGCAAAGAAAGAACCUCUGGAUGAAGGCUACAGAAUCGUGAUUAACAACGGGAAACAUGGCUCUCAGUCGGUUUACCACCUGCACAUCCAUGUCUUAGGAGGGAGGCAGCUGCUGUGGCCUCCAGGAUAAAUGAUUCUGUGUAUGUACAUGUAUGUUUUCUUUGUGUCCUCAAAACUGCAUCUAUAACAAUAAAAACACGUGUCAAGUGCCUUGUGAAAGUAUCUGUUGUGAUACGGCACAAUAGAAAUAAAUUACUUUUAACA